GCUAAGUAACCGAGAUGUGUUUGGUGUGAUUAUAAUCAGCUGUCAACAUUGAUGUCAAAAAUGAAAGUUUUGGAAAGGCUUCCGACAGUAAUGUGUUAUGGUUACGCAAGUUGCUUUCCAUAGGCAGAAUUGAAAUGACUGAAAAUACCUUAUUAUGGGAGAAACUUUCUUAAUGAAAUAUGUAUUGACAUUUUAGUAGAGUUAAGAACAAGGUUCAUGAUGGCUAUGAUAGGAAUUCCCAAUGGUAAUCCCUUGCCAAGCUUCAUUCCUGAAAUGGAGCAGAUCAUUAGUCAGUUAGAAAGAGGGACUGUCGUUACAAAAUUUUACCCACGUAAACGUCCUGAGAGGAAAACUUUGAUGAUCAGACGAGAGACAAGGCAGAUUGUUUGGGCUCGCACAGCUGCUACAAGAACAUUUGAAAGUUCUGUGGAUCUCAGGGAAGUAAAAGAAAUCCGCGUGGGGAAGAAUUCCAAGGACUUCGAGAGAUGGCCAGAUGAUGCAAAACGAAUGGAAAACACAAAGUGUUUUGUGGUAUUUUAUGGCUUAGAAUUCAGGCUCAAAACUCUCUCUGUAGCAGCGUUUUCUGAGAAAGAAUGCGAGCUCUGGGUUCGAGGACUGCGACAUCUUGUCCCAGACACAAUUGCUGCUUCAUAUCCUCUGCAAGUUGAGAGAUGGCUAAGAAAGGAAUUCUACAGCAUGGAGAAUAGCAGAGAAACGGUUACCCUGAAAGACAUGAAGGCAUUUCUGCCACGAGUGAACUGCAAGAUAUCUACAAGCAGGUUGAGGGAACUGUUUCAGGAGGUGGACACCAGGAGGAGGACGGAAUUGGGCUUUGAUGACUUUGCAACGCUGUGCCAUAAGCUCAUGUUUGAUGAACAUAUGUUUCGGGAAUGUAUCGACGUUUACGCUGGCUACUCUGAAAAUGGAAAAAUUAUAACAUUGCAAGAAUUCCAAAGUUUUUUGAUUCAAGAGCAAAGAGAUACCUUGGCUAAUGAUGAGCGAGAAGUGUCACGCUUCAUGAGAGAGUAUCUCCAGGAUUCCCAACGUAAUGUGCAGGAACCUUUCUUCACAACGAUUGAGUUCAUGGACUUCCUUUUCUCAAAACAAAACGAAAUUUGGGAUCAGUGCUAUGACCAGGUUUACCAGGACAUGACGAGGCCAAUAUCACACUACUGGAUUUCGUCUUCACAUAAUACCUACCUGACAGGAGACCAGUUUUCCAGUGAGUCCUCCGUUGAGGCUUAUGUACGAUGUUUGCGGCAGGGUUGUCGCUGCAUCGAACUGGAUUGCUGGGAUGGGCCUGAUGGAAUGCCUUUCAUUUAUCACGGACAUACAUUGACUACAAAAAUAAAGUUUAUGGACGUUAUUAAAACCAUAAAAGAUCACGCCUUUGUUACCUCAGAGUUCCCAGUUAUCCUGUCCAUUGAAGAUAACUGUUCGUUACCUCAGCAAAGGAAAAUGGCUACAGCAAUGCAGGAAGUGUUUGGAGAUAUGCUGGUAGUGCAUCCUGUUGAGAGAAAUGAGACACAUUUGCCAUCACCUCAUCAGUUACGGAAAAAAAUUAUUCUGAAGCACAAGAAGCUGCCUGAAGGAGAAGAUGAAGGCUCUUUCUUUGUGAAAAAUGCUGAUGGUAAGGAAAUAGAUCUUAGGAACACGGUGAAGAAUGGAAUCCUUUAUCUUGAAGAUCCAGUGGACAAGGAGUGGAACCCUCACUUCUUUGUUCUCACACAGCACAAACUAUUCUACACUGACAGCUUCCAGAAUGAGCAGGAGGCAGAAGGAGAUGAGGAGGAAGAUGAGUCAGGCUUUCAUAGAUCAAAAGAGGGUGUGCCAAAUGAUGAGCUUCACUUCAGUGAGAAAUGGUUCCAUGGGAAGUUGGCUGGAGGGAGAUCAGAAGCAGAGAGUUUACUCAGGAUGUACUCUUCUCUUGGAGAUGGCACAUUUCUGGUCCGAGAAAGUGAAACAUUUGUUGGAGAUUAUUCGCUUUCUUUCUGGCGCCAGGGAAAGGUCAACCACUGCCGGAUCAGAUCAAAACAGGACAAAGGACAGACAAAGUAUUACCUGAUUGAGUCUAACUGUUUUGAUAGUUUAUAUAGUUUAAUAACGCAUUAUCGCAGUCAUCCUCUUCGAAGUCAGGAAUUUCUAAUCACGCUUCAAGAACCAGUGCCUCAGCCUAAUAAGCACGAGGGCAAGGAGUGGUAUCAUCAGAAUAUCACUCGCGCUGAAGCCGAAGAACUUCUAAAGAGAGCCCCUGCAGACGGUGCCUUUCUAGUCAGACCCAGUGGAAAUGAUGUGUAUUCAUAUGCCAUAUCCUUCAGGGCAGAGAAGAAAAUUAAACACUGCAGAAUAAAGCAAGAAGGACGUCUUUACACAAUUGGGUCAGUUCAGUUUGAGAGUCUUGUGGAACUAGUCAGCUACUACAAGCGACACCCUCUUUAUCGUAAAAUAAAACUGUGGUAUCCUGUAAAUGAAGACUUCAUGGGAGCGAAUGUUGAUGAAGGGGCUGUGUAUGGUACACCUGGAUACAUGGAUCCAAAUAGCAUUGUGCCAAAGGUCACAGUGAAAGCUGUGUACGACUACCAGGCACAUCGUGAUGACGAACUCUCAUUCUGUAAACAUGCUAUCAUCACGAAUGUUAACAAGCAAGAUGAUGGCUGGUGGCGAGGUGAUUAUGGUGGCAAGAAACAGCAUUGGUUCCCCUCCAACUAUGUGGAGCUGAUUGAACCUCAAGAAAAUCGUGACGACAAUUCAUCUGAUUCGAUGCUUCUGGGAAGUCUGCAGAAGGGAAGCCUUGAUAUGAUGGGGGCAGUAGUAGACCUGGCAGUGGGAGGACAUCUUGGGAUGGAGUGGAUUCUUAGAAUUCAAAACCCGAGUAUGUGCACCCCAUUUGAAGUGGCAGUUCCUAAACAUGAAGAUGCACUCGAGUGGAUGGCCAGUAUAAAGGAAACAGCACAGUUUGCUAGUGCCAGGGAGACCCAGCACAAAGAUUUGGAGAGGCAAUGGAGGAUAGCAACUGAAAUGUCCAAUCUCAUUAUAUACUGUCGUUCUGUCGCCUUUAACGCAGAGAAAAUUAGGAAGAAUGGCUUUAUCUUCUAUGAAAUGUCCUCAUUCCCCGAAACAAAAGCGGAGAAACUUAUCUGCCAACAAGAAAAUAAAUUUUUCCUAAAAUAUCAUCAGAUCCAGUUUAGUCGUGUGUAUCCAAAAGGACAACGCAUAGACUCAUCAAAUUACAAUCCCAUCCCCUUCUGGAACUCUGGAGGUCAAAUGGUGGCCCUCAACUACCAGACUCCAGACAAAGCCAUGCAACUGAAUCAGGCCAAGUUUCGACAGAAUGGAAGCUGUGGCUUUCUCUUGAAACCAGAGUUUAUGUUCAGGGAGGACUUUGAUCCAUACGAUAAGAACACAUUAGUGGGUGUGGAGCCGCUCACUCUGUCAAUACGGGUAAUAGGAGCGAGACAUCUCAGCAGAUCUGGUCGUGGUCGUGGGAUUUCUAGCCCAUCUGUGGAAAUUGAAGUGAUUGGUGCUGAAUAUGAUUCUGGAUCCAAACUGACCACAAAGACAGUUUCUGACAAUGGGUUUAAUCCAGUGUGGAAUGAGAUUUGUGAGUUUGACGUGAUCAAUCCCCACUUCGCUCUGCUCAGGUUUGUCAUCCAAGACGAGGACAUGUUUGGUGAUUCAAAUUCCAUAGGGCAGGCAACAUAUGCUGUCUCAACUCUACGAAGUGGGUAUCGCAGCAUUCCGCUAAAAAAUGCAUAUAGCGAGGAUCUAGAAUUGGCAUCUCUGUUGGUACAUAUAAAUAUUAGAAACCAAUUGGAAGGGACAAAUGGAAUACAGACAAGUUCACUGUCAGUUAGAAGUCCCAUAGGAAAUACUGAAGACUGCUAAUGAAUGUCUGUGAAGAGAGCCAGCAAUGAAGAGUACUCUCUUAAACUGUUUGUGGUUCACGUAAAAUUCUAUAUGCAAGAAGGUAAUUUUCUGCGCAAAGAGGUAUGUAUAAAUAGUCUGUCUUUGCUAGAAUGUGAUACAAAGUUUGAAACAUAUUUUUGAAGCCCUGAAAAAAUGUGCCAUAAGCGUGUUACCUCCUUGGUUGCAAUUAAUGAUUAUAUUCCGCAAUCAUGCACUUGACUUGAUAUUCAAGAUCCAUGGCUCACAUCCUAGGACUGGCUGUCCAGAUCUAAUUGGAUGUUCCUUUUCCUCAGUUUCUGCCUUGAAUAUUGAGUAGUACAUUAAAAUAUAUUACUGCUGGCCCUAUCAAUCUAUAUUCUUAAAACCUUGCAUACCGUGCAGUGUAUUGAUAUAUAAAAUCAUGCAUACAAACAUAACUGUUUAUACUUUGAAAAGACACUUAGUGCCAAACGUGU